AUGUCGUCACAAACCUCCUCUGGUCCUCCAGUUAAAAGAACUUCUUCUGCCGUCUCUCCGGAAUCCGUGCUGGACUCCUCUAACUCUAGCACUGCCAAAAAGCCAAAGAUUGAGUCUACCCAUAAACGGAAAUCCCGAAGGGGACGCAAAGGGUCGAAGCGUCAGCAGAAACAACGUCAACGGCUCGAUCCGGACCCAACCACUACAGAAGGGGUUCUUACUAAGUACACUAUUCCCCUUUUAAUGAAGCAGUAUGAUAACAAUCAUGGUGUUUCGAAAGAUCAACUUAUAGUUAAUGAUGGUACUAUGAAUUGGCUACUUAAGGAUCAGGUAGUCGAUAAUGUGAAAAUCCUUAUCAUGGACGUCCAGGGCGAUGGUGUGGCCAUUGUCGAACUACCUUCACAUCCAGAUAAAAAGGUUAUAUGCGUUAUUCCAUUUGGUAUUCCUGGUGACAUUGUUAAAAUCAAGCUUAACCAACUUAUCCGUAUCGAAAACGGGAUUGGAUACUGCAAGGCUGACCUUCUGCACGUGAUCAAUCCUUCUCAAUUGAGACUCGCGGAAGAUCAAAUCCCUUGCAAGUAUUUUGGCAUCUGUUCUGGCUGCCAGUUGCAGAGUCUCGACUAUUCCACCCAGCUCCAGUUGAAAAGAAGGACCAUAGUAAAUGCGUAUCGAUUUUUAAUGGACGAGUCGUUGCGGUCGAGAGAGAAAAUCGAAGAUAAAAUAGGCCAAACUGUUGGUAGUCCACUACUUGUUGGCUAUAGAACCAAGCUUACUCCUCAUUAUGAUCUGCUAGAUAUGAAAGCAGAUCCUCCCAAAAUUCCCAGUAUCGGUUACGAGGCUAAGGGAAGACCAGAGUGGAGAGUGAUGAACGAGAAUCAAACUCGCGUCGUCGAUAUUGAGGAUUGCAUAAUUGGCACUCCCAUAGUUAGGAAAGGUCUGGCCAAUGAGAGAACUCGAUUAAGUAAAAAGUUCGACCAGGAAGGUUCCAUCGGAAAGAAGGGUGCCACUAUUUUACUCAGAGAAGAUACUGUUCCAAAGCCGGACUCAAAAGACGAUGAAAUGAAUUUGAACGGGUCACGUGAUACUGAUCACGAUGAUACUGUUUCCACUAUUCCCUGCAUUGUAAAAGAUCAACCGUAUAUAAAGACAUGCGUCACGGAUCAUAACUCUACUGUUCAUGAGUAUGUGAAUGGGCUCGAGUUCAGAUUUCUUGCCAAUGAAUUCUUUCAGAACAACAACUCAAUCCUUCCUCUAGUGAUCGAUUAUGUACAGAAAAAGUUGAAUUUUGGUGAAGGAAGAGACAGCUAUUUGGUGGAUGCAUAUUGCGGAUCGGGACUCUUUUCUAUAUCGUCUGCAAAGAGUGUGAAAAGAAUCCUUGGUGUGGAAAUAUCUGCACAGUCCAUCAAAUUUGCCAAACUGAACGCUGAGCUUAAUCAUAUUGACAACUGUGAGUUUAUAGCGGGUAAAGCGGAAAAACUCUUCGAUCAGAUUGAUUUUCCACGUGACCAAACAUCUGUAAUCCUGGAUCCACCUCGAAAGGGUUGCGAUAAAGUGUUUCUGGAUCAAUUGAGUCAAUUUCUGCCGAAAAGAGUAGUUUAUGUGUCAUGCAAUGUUCAUUCACAGGCACGUGACAUUCAAAGCUUCUUAACAGAGACGGAAAAUGGUUCCAAAUAUCACGUAGAAUCGAUCAGAGGGUUUGAUUUCUUCCCUCAAACAUAUCACGUGGAAAGUGUAGCAGUGUUGGAAAGAGAGUGA